AUGUCGACGCUAAAGCCCAAAAUGACCGUCGCUGCCGUGCGGGGCCGCAUCAUCGUCACGGGGGAGGACGGCGAGCGGGUGGGUCAGUGGGGCGGCACGGAGUGUUUUCUCUCGCGACAGUCCGGGCUUGGCCCAUGCCUUGUCGUCCGCUCUAGUCGGCACAAGCGCCACGAGGGGACGUUCUUUCAACUCGCGGGGCUGCAGCGUGUGCUGUCGGCGUAUGCCGUGGAGGGAAAGCUCACAGUUGUGGUUCCGCACGAGCAACGGGUCUGCACCGUGUUUAUUGAGACCACGGCCGACGUGGAUGCCUUGCGCAUCAUGGCUGCGGUGCUACAGGACCGCAGUCACUGGAGAGACAUGGAGAAGAACGUGGCCCGCAAUAUGGGCCGAGAGGGGCGUGGACGCAAGGCAGCGGGACACGCACUUCGUGACCCGAAUGCAUUUGACACGCCAGCAUGGGAGGAUAACGACGGCGACAACGGUGGCGAGGCCGCGGACGGCUUGGACGACGGCGUGGCUGCUCGUGAUGCUGGUAAACCAACAGCACAACCGGCGCGGGGCGGAAGCGCCGUCCCAGCAGCUGCAUCCGCGACCCAGUCAGAAGUGGCCCCGGGGCAGAUGGUCCCCUCCCCGAGAAAUGGCGCGCGUGAAACGCUGACGCCGUCCGCCGGCGUGUCGUGGACGACGGAGCAGAAGCGUGCCAUUCAGUUGGUGCGCGCGGGGAGGAGCGUCUUUUUGACCGGGUCGGCGGGCACGGGGAAAACGGCGUGGCUCUUGCACCUGCUGCAGGAUGUCUUGUCGGGCAGUGAGGGCGUAGUGGCGACCGCCACCACUGGAAUUGCCGCUCGCAUCAUCGGCGGCGUCACAAUUUACGCGUUCGCCGGCAUCGGCAGGGGGGAAGGCUCCUUCGACAAGGUCUACCGUCGCGUCAGGAGCCGCCCGGAGGUGGUGCGGGCGUGGCGGCAGUGCAAGACGCUCAUCAUCGAUGAAAUCGGCGUUCUUCCGGCGAGUGUCUUCCUGUUGCUGGACGCAGUUGCCCGACAGGUGCGUCACGAAGCUGAAAAACCGUUUGGCGGGCUUCAGCUCGUUCUCCUCGGGGACUUUUUGCAGCUGCCACCUGUCACCGCCCUGGCUGCCCCCGUGCGUGGCGACCACCCCGGCGAAGCGAGGCAGGAGCCGAAGUGGUGCUUUGAGUGCCCGCUGUGGAGGACGCUGCAGCUUGCCGCCGUGGAGUUUCGUAAGAACUACCGUCACGAAGGCGACCCAGUCUUCGCGGCAUGCAUGGAAGACAUCCGCUACGGGCGGUAUACUCGGCGUGUGGAGAGUCUCUUGUCCUCCUGCCUUAGCCGCCGGCUGGGGGAUCGUUUUGGUGUCGAACCCACCGUCAUUAUGGCGCGCCGUCAAUGUGCCGCGGCGUACAACAUGGAGCGUCUGCAGCUCUUGGACGACGUUGACUUUCACCGCUACGCCUCCGAGGACUACGCCUCAACGCCUGGGUACGAUUUGGACAAGGAGGUCUCGCUGCUGCCGCUGCUGGAGUUGCGUGUUGGGGCGCAGGUGGUGCUGCUUGCCUCGUUGCCAAGCGCCCCGCACCUCUCGAACGGCGACCUUGGCGUUGUGGUUGCCUUUUCGGAGCAGGCGCAGGGCGAGGCAUUCCCGGUGGUGUGCCUUGCAAGCAAAGGCGGCGAGGAGGUGGUGGUGCCGCGCGUGCGGAUGGACGUGUUGGCCUCGGACGGACGUGUUGUGGCCGCCCGCACGCAAAUCCCGCUGCAGCUCGCCUGGGCCCUGACGGUGCACCGUGUGCAGGGCAUGACGCUGCCGAUGGCGCGGGUGGAACUCAACGCAAGUUUCUUCGAGUGUGGGCAGGCGUACGUCGCCCUCACGCGGGUCCGUCGGCGGGAGGAUUUGGCCCUCACGGAGUUCGACCCGAGCGCCAUCGGCGCAGACGCGAAGGUGGUGGCGUUUUACGAGGCGACGUUUCCGCGUGACCCGCACGCGGCGGCUGCGGGAGAGGCGCAGGACGGGAGUGCGCUGGUGGAGGUGAGGCGCACGGGCAAGCGGCCCCGGUCGCAGGCUUCGCCGCCCACGGCGAGUGAGACGCAGCGGCACGCGGACGGCACCCGGUGGGAUGACACGCGGCUCUUCGAUACGCAACUGCGCGCCGACGUCGCCGUGGCAGCAGCGGCGCCGCCGCCGGUGGCGCCGAACGCCUUAAAGCUGCUGGCCGUUGCCGGUGGCGCCAUUCCACGGCUGACGCAGGACGCCGACGAGGCGGACGAGGCGGACGCGGCACGCUCGCAGAACCUGCGGCCUGCCCCGCACCCCACGCUGCUGAUGGACGAAGAAUAG